CUACAAAACAUACCCAAACCAAGUACCAUAACUAUCUUCCUCCAAAUUUCCAAAAAUAUGGAAUCCGUUGCAUCCAGUUCUACCCCUUCCGACCACCACCACCACCGUCAUCGCCUCCGGCUAAUGCCAACACAACCACUCGCCGACCGAAUCAUCCGUGCCGUGAGCCACCAUCUCCGCCUCCUCCACCACGCCGACACCACUUUCUUUAUCUUAGGCGCAACCGGAAAUGUAUAUACCGUUAACCUCUCCACCACCCCAUCAUGCAGCUGCCCUGAUCGAACCACCCCAUGCAAACACAUCCUCUUCGUCCUCAUCGGCGUAUUGGGGGUCUCCAUCGACGACACGUGUCUUCUCCGGCGAACUCUCCGGCCAUGCGAGCUCCAACGCCUUCUCAGCUUACCCAUCUCUACUGAAUCUCUAGCAAACCCUAAUGUUCGAGAAAGGUUUCACCAGACGUUUUUUAAGGAAAGACCAAAAUGUUCGCCGUUGAGAAUAGAGAUAGAGGACGGUGUUACAUGUCCGGUGUGUUUGGAAGAGAUGAAUAAGGGAGAAAGAGUGGCAGCUUGUGGGACAUGUAGAAAUCCAUUACAUGAAGAAUGUUUGAUGCAAUGGAAGAGAAGUAACAGAAGAAGAUCCAUAAGCUGUGUGAUAUGCAGGACAAAGUGGAGAGAUGUGAGAGCUGAGCAAGAAGCUGAGAGGUAUUUGAAUUUGUCUGCUUAUAUUGGCGGCGAUAAUGACAUGCAUAUUGUGGAAGAUCAGCAGAGCUACUGUGGGGAUUAGGCCUUUGAAAAUAUACAAUUCACGACAAUUCAGAAAGAACUGCUCUAAUGUUAAACUUGUUUAAUUAGUAG